UGGACCCCGUGAAUCCACCGGUAUGGUCAAACAUUAGCUGGUUACAAAAGCAGCUGUUGUGGCCAGAGUGAACAACAGCUGAGAAACCAGUUGAGAAGAAGAACUGGGAGAAGAAACCAUGGACAGGACCGUCAGCAUCAGAAAUCCCAACAGCACCCCCACAGUGGGUCUGGUUGAGAGCAGCAGCGCCCCCGGCGGCCUGGAACUGGUCAGCUCCUACCAGACCAACAGAGUGGGAGACCCCAUGGACCUGGUGGCCCUGGCAGCACAAGUACAGAAGGGAGACGAUUUCAUUAAAGCCAACGCCUCCAACAAGCUGACAGUCAUCGCUGACCAGAUCAGAUACCUACAGGAGCAGGCGAGAAAGGUUUUGGAAGAGGCUAAAAGAGAUGCUGACCUCCACCACGCUGCCUGUAACAUAGUGAAGAAGCCGGGCACCAUGUACUACCUCUAUGAGCGGCCAUCUGGACAGAAGUACUUCUCCAUCAUCUCCCCUAAGGAAUGGGGCCCGAGUUGCCCUCACUCAUUUGUCGGUGCGUUCAAACUCCAACAUGACAUGUCCUGGACCCCUGUAGACCAAGUGGAGAAGAGGGAUGCAGAGCUUGCCAUUAUGAACAAGCUCAUCAGCCAGCAGACCGCUCUACCGCCAUGCACAGAACCCAACUUCAAAGGCCUUUCUGAGUAAAGCACUGCUGAAGCUGGACUGAAAAAGGGACUGGACUAAUCAAGGACACACACUGGAGACUUAUUCUACUUUUAAUGAACAUCAGUUUGAACUGAGAUAAAUCCAGGUGUGGACUGGAAUCACCGAUAUCAAAAUGUUGGACAGUGUUUCAGUGACUUUCAUGUACUGCCUUAAGUGAACACGGACAUGCACUACUACACGUUUUUGUUUGUAUACAGUCACAACCUCAGUAUCAUACAGGGCUGCGAUGGCAAAGCUGUGCAUGGGCUCUUUUUUGGAAACAUAGUUGAGUUUUUUUUUUUUAGACCUAUAAAACCGGCAUCAUAUAUUUCAGAGCCUUAUCUUAUAGGGGUGGGGUACAUUGUUUGUUGAUCCAUUUCUCAUUAUUACCCUGUGCAACUCAAAGUAAAUUAUUUAUUUUGUAGAUGCUGCCAAUAAGAUGUCAACAGUUGGGAUUUCAUUUGGUGAAUAAAAUCAUCUUUUUAAUCAUAGGUCAAGAAAACAAAAGUGCAAUAACUUUAUUUGAAAUCAUCUGUCUUCAGUUAGUACAAUUUGAAGUUAUUAAAGUGCUGACAAACACUAAA